UAUCAGAAAUAUUAUAAUCCUUCCAUUUUUAUAAGAUUAUAAUUUUCAUAAUUGUAAUCAAAGAUUUCACCAAAAAAACAUGUCUAGGUUCAAAGGAGGGUGUAGGCAAAGUAUCAUGCAUAGCAACACAGAUGAUCUCAAUCCACCAAAGCUGACUCCAUUCUUUUACUUGUCCUUUUGUGUCUUCCCAAAAACCACUUAAUUUUUUCUUUACAUUUUUUCUUCCUUUCAUAUUUAUGUUUUUUUUUUACAAUUAUAUAAAAAAAAUUAAAUUUUUUUAAUCUUUUAAUCUCUGAUUCCCUUUUACAUCCCUACCUUUUUUUCUCCACCUUAUUGCGUAACUGGAUGCUCCGGCCGUCGUCCCUUCGUCGGCGCAACAACCCCACCUCAGUAUUAUAGAGAUUGGUGCCAAAUUUCAGUUGAAUGUUUAUUAGGCAUAUUUUGUAUUAGUGUUUAUCAAAUUUUGUAUUGAAAAUCGAGAAUUUUAAUCUGGGUAAUUAUGGGAGAGCUCGAGGAGAUUGGUCAAGAUUAUGGGUCGGAUAUAGAGGUUGAUGACUUAAGGUGCGGGAACAUUGCGGAAAAAGAUGUUAGUGAUGAAGAAAUUGAUCCGGAAGAACUCGAAAGGCGAAUGUGGAAGGAUCGAAUUAAGCUCAAGCGAAUGAAGGAGAGGGAGAAGGUGGAGGCACAGCGGGCUGCUGAGAAGCAAAAGCCGAAGCAGACGAGUGAUCAAGCUAGGAGGAAGAAAAUGUCAAGAGCACAAGAUGGGAUUUUGAAGUAUAUGUUGAAGUUGAUGGAGGUCUGCAAAGCGCGAGGGUUUGUGUAUGGAAUAAUUCCGGAAAAGGGAAAGCCGGUUAGUGGCGCGUCUGAUAAUUUAAGAGCUUGGUGGAAGGAGAAGGUCAAAUUUGAUAAGAAUGGUCCUGCUGCAAUUAACAAGUAUGAAGCUGAGUGUUUGGCAAUGAGUGAAGGAGCUAAUAAUGGAAAUGGUCAAAACACUUUGCAGGAAUUGCAAGACGCUACUUUAGGCUCGCUGUUGUCGUCGUUGAUGCAGCAUUGUAAUCCUCCUCAGAGGAAAUUUCCUUUAGAAAAAGGUGUGCCUCCACCAUGGUGGCCUUCAGGAGAUGAAGAAUGGUGGUCAAAGCUGAGUUUACCGAAGGGUCAGAGCCCUCCGUAUAAGAAACCACAUGAUCUAAAGAAGAUGUGGAAAGUUGGGGUUUUGACUGCUGUGAUCAAGCACAUGUCUCCUGAUAUUGCAAAGAUCAGAAGGCUUGUGAGGCAAUCUAAAUGCUUACAAGACAAGAUGACUGCUAAGGAAAGUUCGAUUUGGUUAGGAGUUUUAGGACGGGAGGAGUCCCUUAUCCGGCAGCUUAGCAGUGAUAAUGGAACGUCAGGUAUUACAGGAAGUCCACCAGGCCCGCGUGGUGAAAAGAGGAAACCUGCUGCUAGUACUGAUAGUGAUUAUGACGUUGAUGGCAUUGAUGAAGGUGCAGGUUCUGUUUCUUCUAAAGAUGAAAGGAAAAAUCAACAAAGUGAUGCAGAAACAAUGGGUGAACCCGUGAUCAAUAAUUGUUCUUCUGCCCGGAGUAAGAACCCUAUUGAGAAACAAAAUAAGAGAAAAAGAUCACGUGGAAAAGCAAGCUCAAAUGAUCAGCAAACCACCCCUUCUAUGGAGGAUCAGCAGUUGGCAGCUAGUGUUCCGCAAUUGGCACCUAGUGAUCAGCAAGCUGCACCAUCUACAAAAGAGAAUUUGGUGGGUGAACCUGCAAGACCUGGUCUAGUGUCUGACAUGGACCAUAAUGAUUUCCAGAUGCAUGAUAACCAGCAGGAGAAUGGCUUGAUAUUCAUCGAACCCUUGGUUUCUAUGGACAGUGAUAUAUUGGGGCAAUUUCAUCCCCCAGCCUCUGAUUAUAGUCAGUUUAGUCACUUUUCUAAUGUCCGUCCUCCCCAUUUGAUGUCCGGACAUAACAUGUUUGUUGGAGGCCAAUCGUUCCACCAUCCAACCGUACGAGGUGCUGAGUUGCAACAUGGUGAUUCUUAUUAUCCAUCAAUUCAAUAUGGGCAAAGACUUGACGAGCAGCGCUUGCAGCAUACCAUUAGUGAACCCCAAACAAGGCAAGAAGCAGUUGGAAUGCAUCUUCCAUCCCUUAACACAACCGAGAAUGAUAUCACUGGAGGCCAUUUGCACCAUUAUGGUGUUGAUGCAUUCCAGGAAAAGAAUCGACCCUUUGAUAGUCACUUUGGAUCUCCCUUUAAUGGCCUUUCUAUAGAUUUUGAUCAAUUUGAUACUACUUUCCCUGAAAUUGAGGGCUUUGGUUUAGAAGAGGAUUACUUAGCUGGUGAUGACCUUGACAUCUUGCAAUACUGUGGUGCUUAGAUUGGCGGAGUGGGUUUUUUUGCAGCUAAAGCUGCAGCGCUCCAGACAAGCUGAAUUAGAGAUGAAGUUUGAGCCCGUGACCUGUAUAGUUGUCAGCUUGAAUAGUCCUUACAGUUUCAAGUUACUAGAUUAGUUUAAUUCAUUUAUCCAAACAACAUUUCAAUGAUCAAUUCUUUAGUUGAUACAGAAAGUUCGAGAUUUGACGUUAUGUUAUUGAUAUGUUUGGAUUGAAUAAAUUUUGUAUAUUUGGUUUGGUUGAUUUUAAUCUUCUCAUUACAAGGCAUUGAAAUUCUUCAGGUUUGAUCAUAAUUGUAACAGCGCUGUUUAAGGUGGAAAAUAAAACAUUAUGUUCAACAUUGUGAUUAAUUAAGGAUAGGCUAGACUAGGACAUCAUCAAGAAUUUUCAUUGAUAAACAUUUAAACACUAAUAGGCUAGCUAGUAAGAAUUUUCCAGAAGUAGAAUGUAAGUGUGGUGAUGCUGGUCUUGAUGAUGUUAUAAAGGAUUCCUCAGUUGUUGGAGUUGCUGUUGUUCUUGCUGGCUAAAUUCAGGUCUCUUUUGCUCUCUCCCUUUUUUUUUGGGUGAAAUUUUAUGUUGUUAUAAUCCCUUGAUGAUGAAAUUAAUUCAGUAUUGUAUAGAAGCUAAUCAUAUACUUCCUAAGUCCAGUCAUAGUAUAUCUGCUAAGAGUUAAGCUUUGUGUAUUCUGAUUGUGUUUAAGCUAUGCCAUUAAUGGAGUAAACAACAUGAAUGUGACAAUUUCCGCUGAAAGUUUUAAUGAGGUUUGAUAAGCUUCCAUUGCAUAAUAAUUUGUAUCAGUUAGUUGAUUAACUUCACACAGUUUUCACUAUUUCUUGUGUGAAGACAAUUUUCUUAUGUUGGGGGGAGUUGGGUGGUAGGGUUUGUUUAGACUUAGGAGUGUGAUAGAUACAAACAAUAUGAAAGUGAUUAAAUUUUUCCAACUUGUUUUAAGUUCUUUGGAGUAAGGACUCAGGAAAGACAUUGGUUAGUCUUUUGCUGUUGGUGGACUGGUUAUUCUUAUGAUUGUGUACCCAAGUUCUGGUGUAUUAGUUGAAUCUAUAAUAUUCUACUCAUCUCAAGAGGCUAUGGACUUAAUAAACUUAUUUGCUUGUUGACGUGCAUUGCUUAGGUAGAUAUGUCGCUGAGACUGCUCAAGGAACAGAAGCAUGUGACCCAAGAUAUCUCCUGGAAUUCUCGUAAACCAAUGUUGCAGAAAAUUACAGAUUUGAACCUGGUUUCAUCGAGGUACAUGGUAUUCUACUGUGCCCUGUGCCCUGCGCCUGUACUCUAUUUGCCUUUUUUGGAAGUUUUGCCUCAGUUGAAAUACCUAUUGGAUGAACAGGGGAGGAGGCUAGUCGAAGAAAGAGGAGAUAUGAUUAGUGUCCAAGUUAUUGUGGAAGGAUCAUUGAACAUUUUCAACCCAUAUUUUUCAAGUUCUUGGAGGUGGAACUUCACUGUAAGUGUUUCAAUAUUCCAUGGCUACUAUAUUUAGGUCCAUAAUACGAGUCUUCCUCUAAGGAUCACACAUGAAUGCCUCCCAGCAUGACUUGAUUUACUAGAUAACUGAUGUGAUGGGCAACACGAGAUGUGUAAAUGAUGUUCUAGUCUUCCUGACCAUUUGAAAAUUAGAAUAAUGUUUUCUUGAAUCAUAGUUCUAGUAAGAUAUGUGUGAUUAUACAUGUUUUUGAAAGG